AUGAAGUGCUUCGUCGCCAUUACUGUCUGCGCACUCGUGGCCUGCGGUGUCUUCGCCAAGGAAGCCGCCAAGAAGGAGAAGGUUGAAGGGCGCGGAGGACUCCUGGGCGGUGGUCUCGGAGUCGGCGGUUACGGUGCCGGUGUGGGACCCGGUCUCGUCGGCGGUGGUCUUGGAGGUGCAGGUAUCGGAGUUGCUGGACUCGGCAGCUAUGGUGGAGCCGGUCUCGCUGGCCCGGCUGUGGCUGGAACUGGUCUAAUUGGAACCGGUGGUCUCGGAUACGGUGGUCUCGGAUAUGGUGGUCUCGGAUACGGUGUUCUCGGAUAUGGCCGUCUUGGCUAUGGCGGUCUCGGCUAUGGCGGCGGUCUCGGUUAUGGCGGCGGCUACCAAUCCGGCUACGGCUCGUCGGCUGGCGGCCACCAGGGAGCAUACCAGGGUGGUGCUGCUGGGCACAACCAGGGAUCCGCGGGCUUCGCCGGCGGUGCCUCUACAAGGAACGUGAACGCCUACAACAACAAUCAAGGCUACAGCCACACCUCGGGAUUCUCGGCAUCUGACAGCAAGACCUUCGGCUCUGGACACAAUCAGGGCUCGGCUGGAUUUGGAAAAGGAGCUGCUGGUCACCAGGGAGGAUACGGACAGUCGUCGUUCGGACACAACGCCGGUUCUGGUUUCGGUGGAGGAUACCUCGGCUAAAAGCGCCAUACACGUUACAAUAAAACCUGUUUUUACGAUACA